UUUUUUUAAAAUUCUCAGUUUAAGUAAGGCAUAUAAAAAGAAAAAAAACAUGGCUCCGCGUAAAACCAAGAAGCAGACUUUAAAAGAAAUAUUGACGGGAUCGCGAGGGUGUUUUAAGUCGCAGCCGCGGAAAAAUCGGAAAAAUCAGGAGCGGAAAACUGUGAAAGUGUCGGCAGGACACAUCAGAAGGCACAGCCUUCCCUGCAGCCUGAAGCCCAGUGUUAUCCGGAAGAUUUGUUUGCCCGCGGAAAAGGCCAAGAAAAAUCAGGAAGCGCGAAUUAUGUACGUCAAUUCAAAAUAUGGAAGUGAUAACAACGCCAACUUCAGUCAAACCAAUUGUCAUGAGCCUAACUGCCCCAAAAUGCGUAGUCCAUCGACACCUAAGCCAAAGAUGCGACAGAGUCCUGCUACCAGAGAAAGAUCACAAAGAAACAAAAGGAAGUAGUCCUUUACAUUUUUAGGAUAUUAUUUCAAAGGCUUCAUCCUAUAUAAAAAGCUAGGCUUUACUUCACUAGAUGUCCCAGGAUUAAUUUGAUCUGAUCUUUUUCAAGGCCUGUAAAAAUAUGUAAAUUUUAUAUUAUUUGUACGUGAAUGAAUAAGCCGCUAUUUGAAUAUAUAGUUUGAUGUAUGGUA